AUGAGCGAAAAUAGCAGAGAAAAUAGAUUUGAUGUUUAGUCUCCUAAAAUAGCUACUAAUUUAUAAGUUGUUAAAGAUGUAAAAGUUACUACUUAAUAGUAAAACCAGUUUAGGAUUAAGACAUCCAGAUCAUAAUCUCCUUAGAGGACAAAUGAAAAUUUGGAAGCAAUUGAUAUUAACAAAGAAAAUGAAUAGCAAUAGUAGUAGACUUAGAAGAAAAACAAAGCAGAUUAAAAAUAAAGUAAGCCAUAGAAAUCUAAAAAUAAUUAAAAUGAAGAAAAUGAUGAAAAAGUAACAAAAGUAAAAACAAUAAAAGUUGACAAAAAGAUUGCAAAUAGUAAAGAGAAGAAAAAAAUAUAAAAAAAUAAUGAAAAUAAUGUAGAACAGUAAUUGUAAUCACCUCAAAUAAAAUCAGAGAAAGAUUAUGAAAGCAUAGUAUUUAAUGACUCUUUUAAAAAAAGGAGUGAAAGCAAUACAGAUUUGACUUUUACAAAUUUUUAAAAUUAAAGUUAAUAAGCAUAAAAUAACGAACUAAUUUAAGCAUCUAAAUCCAAAAGUAAAUCAAAUAAGAAGAAUAAAGAAUAUGAAGAAGAUACUGAUGAUGAUAUAUUUAAUGGAGGGGUUUAAGCUAAUAAAACUAAAUCUAUAAUUAACUUCAAAAGAUCUACUUUAAAACAAAACAAAUCUAAUAAAGUUUUACCAUCAAUUUAAAAAAUGAUGAAUACUACUGAUGGCAUGAGUAUGGAGGAAAAAAGAGUUCCAUCUAAGACAAUAAUUACAGAAGGAUCUAAAAAAAAAAGACCUGAAGAUAAGCUAUCUAAAAAAAAAAAGGAGCUAGAAAAAUAAUUAUUGCUCAAAAAAAAGAAGAAAGACAUAGAAAGAAUACAAAAAUAAAAAGAGGAAGAAAGGUUCAGAAUAGAAAAGUAAAGGCGAAAAGAAGAAGAAUAGUAUUUAAGUAUUGAAAAAGAUAGACUGAAAAAAGAGGAAGAAAAAAUUGUAGAAUUAAAUAACUUUUAUCAUCAAAGGCAAAUAAGUCUAUUCAAAAAGAUUAGACAAAAAGAGAGUUGGGAUUAUACUAUAUAAUGCAACAGAGGAAAGUUGAGGCUUCAUAAUAAAUUAGAGCUAGAUUCUUACAGAUUUUAAAUAGAAACAAACCUAACUUUAGAUAAAUCUGAAUCCAUAGAAUAAUAUUUAUUAAAACUAUAAUUAGCCUUGGAUAAUUACCAAGACAUUGAAAACUACCUAGUUAGACUAAAUGCAGAAGAAAAACCGUAAGAAGAAAUAGAUUGGUACAAUAAACUUUUAAAUGCCAUUAAAGAUAUUCUUUUAAUGAAGCUGUAAGACUUGCAUAUUAAAAUACUCCAAUAUUCUGAUUAAUUAUAAGAAGAAAAGAAAUAAGAAAUAAUAUAACAAGGACUUGAUUUUGCGAGCUUAAUUAAGUCAACGGCAUUUGAAGAAAGACAAAAAGUCGAAAUCACUUAAGAAUAUGUAGAACUACCGAAAAUUAAAUACAUGUUUUGGAUAAACCCUGUCGGAAAAGGAGGACUGAGAAUCAAACCUGUAGAAUAUAUUAACACAAAGGUAUCUAUUGAAGUGCCAAGACCUUAUAUUCAAAGUAAGGUUUUAAUGACAGGAUUUUGGAUAGAUAUUGAUUAUUGUUAAGCUUAAUAUUCCCAUCUUUUAAGCUUAGGUGGAGUUUUUCAAUUCUAGCUCUUUGAGCUGCCAAUACUACCAAAGAUUUACAAAAAAUACAUUCUAAAAUUUCAGAAAGAAAACAAAGAUGAUAUUGUAUAAUUAUUUUAUCCUGACAAAACUAUUGACUCUAGGGAUCCAUCCAUUUUUAAGAAUUUUGUACCCGUAAAAAUAUCUUUUCAAGUACCAAAAUAUAUCAUACUUGCAGAGACUCUAUAGAUUGGGCUUUGGGAUGAAAAUCUAGGCUGGCAGACAGAUUAAGUUUAAGAUAUUAAAUUCAAUGAAGAAUUAAGGCAGAUAAGUUUUAGUUCUAAUAAAUUUGUUCCUUUUUCUCUUGUCUAAAGUAGAUGUGAAGAUUACCCUUAUAGGUAGUGGCAUAUUCGCUCUAUUUCUCCUGAUAAAGCUAGAAUAGAUUUAGUCACUAAAAGAUUUGCAUUUAAAUUUUUAUUGAGCAAAAAUCAAAUAGAAUUAAUUGAUGUUAAUUAACACUUUUUGUUAGAGAAAAUGAAAGGAGUUAAAUUAUCACCAUCUCACUUUUUAUAGGAACUUAGAAAAUGUGGAGUUAAUUUAAUGCCAUAAAGUAACGAUGCUAUAAUUUCUGAUCUACUUAUAAAAGAUAAGGACUGUUUAGAUAAUUGUUUAAAUGAUAUAUCAAAAGCAGUAAGUGGUUUUUAUUUCAAAUCAACAAAAUAAAAUAAAAGCAUAGGUGUCAAUUAGCUAUUAACAUUUGUUCGAUUAAAUCCUGAUUAUGAAGAAUCAUUCAUAGAAAAUACUGAAAAAGAUUGGAUUCUAACAACGUGGUAUUCUAACAAAGUCGGCUUUUAUAAAGGAAAAGACAAGGAAAAAGACCAAAGCUAUAAAUAUUUAAGAAAUACAGAAACAAGGUCUAACUUCUAUUUAGCUGUAAAAUAGCUUGGACCUGAUGCAGAUGAAAUUUCUGAGAGAAUGAAAGAGGCAUAAAAUUUUGAAUUUUGGAAUACAGUAAGAGAAUUUUUGCAUCUUACUUAAGUUUUAGGUUAUACAUAAUGA